AACACGCGCACUGCGGAUCUUCCAAGUGGAAGCCGCUGGAAAGCAGCACAUUCCUGCUGAAGACAGGCUGCACCCAGAGAGGGAAUUGUUCACUAUGUCCUCUGACUUGAGGAGACAACAGCGGGUUCAUACCAGGGAUAAAUCAUUCUCAUGUUCUGAGUGUGGGAAGGGAUUUAAUUGGCCGUCUGAUCUGCUGCGACACCAGCGCACUCACACCGGGGAGAGGCCGUUCACCUGCUCCGAGUGCGGGAAAGGAUUUGCGUGCUCCUCCAACCUCCUGAAGCACCAGCGGGUUCACACCGGGGAGAAGCCGUUCAUCUGCUCUGAGUGUGGAAAGGGGUUCAGUCAGUCAUCCAACCUGGAGAUACACCUGCGCACGCACACCGGGGAGAGGCCGUUCACCUGCUCCGAGUGCGGGAAGGGCUUCAUUCUGUCAUCCAAACUGGUGACCCACCGGCGGAUUCACUUUGGGGACAGGCCGUUCACCUGCUCGGAGUGUGGGAAAGGGUUCACUGAGUCGUACAACCUGCUGACGCAUCAGCAAAUUCACACCGGGGAGAGGCCGUUCAGCUGCUCCGUAUGUGGGAAACGAUUCAAACAUUCAGCAGAACUGAUAAUGCACGAGCGAAUUCACACCGGAGAGAGGCCAUACGUCUGCUCUGAGUGCGGGAAGGGAUUCAUUCGAAGGGCCAACCUGCUGACACAUCAGCGGAUUCACACCGGGGAGAGGCCGUUCACCUGCUCCGUGUGUGGGAAGGGGUUCUCAAAGAAUGGAACAAAUGGAGUACACCAGCGGGUCCACACCGGGGAGAGGCCGUUCACCUGCUACGAUUGCGGAAAGGGAUUCAUGUGUACGUCCAGUCUGCUUAAGCACCGGCGGGUUCACACUGGGGAGAGGCCGUUGACCUGCUCCCAGUGCGGGAAGGGAUUCAGUCACUUGUCCAACCUGGAGAUACACCAGCGCACUCACACCGGGGAGAGGCCGUUCACCUGCUCCGAGUGCGGGAAGGGGUUCACGCAGUCGUCCCACCUGCAGAGACAUCAGCAGAUUCACACCGGGGAGAAGCCGUUCAUCUGCACCAAGUGUGGGAAGGGAUUCAAUUGGCCACAUGAUCUGGUGAGACACCAGCGGGUCCACACCGGGGAGAGGCUGUUCACCUGCUUCGAUUGCGGAAAGGGAUUCACGUGUACAUCCAGUCUGCUUAAGCACCAGCGGGUCCACACCGGGGAGAGGCCGUUCACCUGCUCCCAGUGCGGGCAAGGAUUUAGUCAGUUAUCCCAUCUGGAGAUUCACCAGCGCACUCACACCGGGGAGAGGCCGUUCAUCUGCUCCGAGUGCGGGAAGUCUUUCGCAAGGGCGUCAAGCCUGCUGACCCACCAGCGACUUCACACCGGGGAGAGGCCGUUCACCUGCUCCGAGUGCAGGAAGGGAUUCACUCAGUCGUCCCACCUGCUGAUACACCAGCGGACUCACACUGGAGAGAGACCGUACACCUGCUGCCAGUGUGGGAAGGGAUUCACAGACUCGUCCAGGCUGAAGAGGCACCAACACAUUCACACCGGGGAGAGGCCGUUCACCUGCUCCGACUGCGGGAAGGGGUUCACUCAGUCGUCCCACCUGCAGACGCACCAGCGGAUUCACACCGGGGAGAGACCGUUCAUCUGCUCCGAGUGUGGGAAGGGGUUCACUGACUCGUCCAGCCUGACCAGCCACCAACACGUUCACACUGGAGAGAGACCGUUCACCUGUACCGAGUGUGGGAAGGGCUUCGCUGAGGCAUCCAAACUGACGAGCCACCAACACGUUCACACUGUAGAGAGACCAUUCACUUGUACUGAGUGUGGGAAAGGAUUCACUCACUCAUCCCACCUGCAGACACACCAACGCAUCCACACUGGGGAGAGGCCGUUUACCUGCUCCGAGUGUGGUAAAGGAUUCACCCGGUCAUCCCACCUGCGGACACAUCAGCAGGUCCACACCGGGGAGAGGCCGUUUACCUGCUCUGAGUGCGGGAAGGGAUUCACUCGGUCCUCUCAUCUGCAGACGCACCAGCGGACUCACUCCAGAAGAAACUCUUCAUCUUCAGUGAAUCAACCAGCCUGACGAGGCACCGACACAUUCACACUGGGGAGAGGCCGCUCACUUGCUCUGAGGCGGGAAGGCAUCUGCGUGUUCGUUCAAUCUGCUCCAGCACCAGCAUUCACAGAAAAUAAAGAAAUACAAUACAAUUUAUGAAAAAUUACACCUAAAGACCGACAAACAAUCUACAUGCAAAAGAAGACAUAUUGUGCAAGUAAAACAGUGUUGUACGUGGUGACAUGUAUGUACUUCGAU